AUGGGGUGCGCGCAGUCGCGGAUCGAGAACGAGGAGGCGGUGGCCCGCUGCAAGGAGCGGCGCCAGCUGAUGAAGGCGGCCGUCGCGGCGCGGAACGCCUUCGCCGCCGCGCACUCGGCCUACGCCGCCUCGCUCAAGGACACCGGCGCCGCGCUCUCGGAGUUCGCGCACGGGGAGGGCUUGCCCCCGCCGUCGCCGCCGCCGGGGGCGUCGGACGAGACGGCGGCGCCCGUUGCCGCGCAGGGCGGGAUCGGCGCGGCAGCGGCGGGGGCCUCGGCGUCGGGGGCCGACGCGAUAAUGCCGCCGCCGCCGCCGCUCGACUCGCUGCCACCGCCCCCGCCGCCUCUGCCGGAUUUCUCGCCGUCGCCGGCGAAGAUCCACCGCUCCAUCAGCAUGCCACUGCCGCCGUCGUCGGGCAACAAGAAUCCUGCCAUGCUCCACAGCGACUCCAUUAGGGAGGAGGACGAGGACGAGGACGAGGACGAGGCAGAGAGGGAGGAGGAAGAGGAGGAUGACGGCCACCUCGACGACCGUCGGCAGCGGUUGCGCCACCGCCCGCCGGUGCCCCAGCCCUUGUCGCCGCCGCCACCGGAGACGCCGGUUACUCCUCAGCCUCCGCCACCUCCUCCCCCGCCCUCGUCGGAGAUGAAGGCCGGAGUUGACACGUGGGACUAUUUCUUCUCCAUGGACGAGGGGAUGGCCUCCAUCGCCCCUGAUGAUGAGGAGAUCAUGGCGGAGCCGGAACCGCCAUCGCCACCGCGCGUGCCUCAUUCCCCUCCGCUGGCGGCCGUGCCGCUAUCUGAGGAGUUUGGGGAGGAGCCGCGGACGCCGGAGAUGGCCACUCCACCUGCGUCUCUGCCUCCGAAGCCGCUGAAGCACUCGUCCAAAAAGAAGGGAAAGGGGAAGCUUAAGGCGGCGCACCAUCAACACACAGAGUCGGCGCCACCGGUCACGCUGGUCACCGGUGGUAGGGCGGGUAAGGUAGUCCACGCCGAGAUGCCGCGUGUGGACCUCCUCCGCGUGCUUGCAGAAAUCGACGAGCGGUUCUUGAAGGCGUCAGAGAGCGCCGGUGAGGUAUCCAAGGCGCUGGAGGCCAACAGGAUGCAUUACCACUCCAAUUUCGCCGACAACCGAGGGCAUAUUGAUCAUUCUGCAAGAGUCAUGAAAAUAAUUACAUGGAAUAGAUCCUUCAAAGGAAUGCAAAAUGGUGAUGAUGGGAAGGAUGACUUCGAAAAUGAUGAAUUGGAGCCCUUGGCAACUGUAGUAGAUAAAAUCUUAGCAUGGGAGAAAAAGCUCUAUGAUGAAGUGAAGGCUGGUGAGAUUAUGAAGCUUGAGUAUCAGAGGAAGGUUGCUUUGUUAAAUAGACAAAAGAAACACAAUGCUGCCAUUGAAGUUCUUGAGAAAACGAAAGCUGCGGUAACGCACUUGCAUACUAGAUACAUAGUUGAUAUGCAAUCAAUGGAUUCGACUGUGUCAGAAAUUCAGCAUCUCCGUGAUAAUCAACUUUACCCAAGACUAUUGGAUCUUGCUGACCGGAUGGCAAAAAUGUGGGAGGACAUGCACAUGCAUCACGCAAACCAGCUGGAAACUGUCCUAAAUCUGAAGUCAGUUGAUAUUUCUGAUUCCAGUAUUGAAACAAGUGAUUAUCACCACAGCCACACACGACAGCUGCGAGAUAUUGUAGAUAAGUGGAUAACAAAUUUUACUGACCUCAUGAACUAUCAAAAGGAAUACAUAAAUGCUCUCUAUAGCUGGUUGAAGUUGAACCUUAUACCCAUAGAGAGCAGCUUGAAGGAGAAAGUAACAUCACCACCCAGGAUGCAACAACCUCCUAUCAAAGCCUUUCUUCAAGCCUGGAAUGAGCACCUAACCAAGCUGCCUGAUGAUCUUGCCAAGACAGCCAUUGUCACUUUACGAGCAGUCUUGGAUACCAUAUUAGGUGUUCAAGAUGAGGAGUUGAAACAGAAGGAGACCUGUGAGCAGACUCGUAGGGAGUACAUGCGUAAGGCCCGGGCCUUUGAGGAUUGGUACCACAAGCAUUCACAGCGCAAACCGUUCGACGUUGAUCCAGAGAGCGGUGAGGGGAUAGGACAUAAGGAUGCAGUCACAGAGAAGAAAUUCGUGGUGGAGAGCUUGAAGAGCAAGCUUGAUGAUGAGAUUGAAUCCCAUAAUAAGCUAUCAAAGCAGGUCAGGGAGAAGUCCCUCUCAAUCCUGAAGGCACAUCUGCCAGAGUUGUUCCGCGCUCUGACCGACUUCUCCAGCGCCUCUUUUGAUAUGUACUCGAAGCUGAGGCUGAUGUCGUUGAUGCAGGAUCAGGGAAACAACUAG